ACAAAUUUCCCAUAAUGCAUGUAAAAUUACCAACUUUGAACAUGCAUGUAAAUUUUUAUUCCCGCGUUAAAAAAACUUGUGAUACGCAUUUGGACAACUUUGUAAUUCUCCCAAAAGCAAUCACGUUUUAAUCGAACGUACAAGCGAAACGUAUCGUAAGAAAUCACUGUGCGGCACGCAUGCAUACAUUGUUAUAUACGAGUGGAAGCAAAACAAUUGUUCGCUAACAUAAACAUCAUUCCGAGCAGAUUUGCAGCGCGUCGUGAUGUUUACAUUCGAUAACCCGUUCCAUAACUUGUUAUCACUUCCUCACCUAGGAACGUUUCCCGUUCCUAUCGCGCGCGUUCAUUCGAUUUUUCAUUUCUUUCGUACCGACCGAGCAACAUGACCGGGCGUGCAUCGGUAUCCGCGACAGAAAGUAACAGGAAAUGCCGUACAUGGGGAACGCGCGCGGUGCGCUCCGAUCGUAACAUGCGCGUGAAGCGUGCGCUUCAAGCUCGUGAACAGAGAUAGAAGAAGAGGAAAAAGCAGUUACAGGAGUGAGAGAGGGAGUGUACGUGGCAGGGUUGGUUGGUGGAGAUGGCACGGAGACCGGGAUCUGCAAGCAAGGCGAGCGGUAGAGGGCGGGAGGAGGGCGGAAGGGGGAGGGGGGAGGAUAGGGAAGAGAAGGGUGGUAGGGCUGGUUAAAUGACGGCUAGUUGGCGGCGCGGGGAUGAGCGGGCGGCUGGUGCGUGGAAGAGAGGGAUGCUGGGGCGGUUCAAGCGAGAUCGAGUUCACGCCAAGUGAAGUACGGCAGUUUGUGUCAGACCACGGAGCACGGAAGAUGCUCCCGGUUGUUUACGGAACGGGUGGACCACCCUCAUCGCGGUGGCGGCGCCGCGCCACUAUUUUUCACGGUUCCGCGUCUGGAAACACCAGGAACAUCGAGAAUUCUUCUUGGAUCAUCAGGCCAACGUCCACUGCCACCGUGAUGACCACCGCUUUGGGCCUUUUAAUGAUGUUGCUGCCUGCGGCGUAUCCGGAGAAGAUCUCCAUCGGUGCAAUUUUCGAGCAGGGUACCGACGAAGUUCAGUCAGCCUUCAAAUUUGCGAUGUUCAACCACAACCAGAAUACCACAACUCGGAAGUUUGAAUUCCAGGCUUUCGUAGACGUAAUUAAUACCGCGGAUGCUUACAAGCUAUCUCGCCUUAUUUGCAGUCAAUUCAGCAGAGGGGUGUUCUCCAUGCUGGGCGCCGUCAGCCCGGACUCGUUCGACACCCUUCACUCUUACAGCAAUACGUUUCAAAUGCCGUUCGUGACGCCCUGGUUUCCCGAGAAGGUUCUGACACCGUCCUCCGGUCUCCUGGAUUUCGCCAUAAGCAUGCGUCCGGAUUAUCAUCGCGCUAUCAUCGACACAGUGCGAUAUUACGGAUGGAAGAAAAUCAUCUACCUCUACGACUCCCACGACGGUCUGCUCAGGCUGCAGCAAAUCUAUCAGGGUUUGAAGCCGGGAAACGAAUCGUUUCAGGUCGAAACGGUGAAACGGAUACAAAAUAUGUCCGAGGCGAUCGAUUUCUUGCGCAGUUUGGAAGAAUUGAAUAGAUGGAGCAACAAAUACGUCGUACUCGACUGCCCCACGGACAGCAAGGAUAUCGUGGUGAGCCACGUGAGGGACGUUGCUCUUGGCAAAAGAACGUACCACUACUUAUUAAGCGGAUUGAUAAUGGACGAUCGAUGGGAGAGCGAGGUGAUCGAGUACGGGGCCAUCAACAUCACCGGAUUUCGAAUCGUGGACGCGACACGGCCCUACGUUAAAGACUUCCUGGCUGGAUGGCAUCGCCUCGACCCGGCAACGUCUCAAGGAGCUGGCCGCGAAUCCAUUUCUGCGCAAGCUGCGCUGAUGUACGAUGCCGUAUUCGUCCUCGUCGAGGCGUUCAACAAGUUUCUGAGAAAAAAGCCUGACAGAAGCAACGUGAGACGGACCGGAAUUCCUGGAAGCAGUCAGAUUACUAACGGCACCAGGGCGCUGGAUUGCAAUAGCAGUCGAGGCUGGGUGACACCGUUCGAAUAUGGCGAUAAAAUUUCCAGGCUACUCAGAAAAGUGGAAAUCGAGGGACUGACAGGGGAGAUCCGCUUUAACGAUGACGGUCGCAGGCACAAUUACACCCUCCACGUUGUCGAGAUGACGGUCAACAGCGCCAUGGUCAAAGUGGCUGAAUGGACGGACGAGGCUGGAUUCCAGGCAAUCGCGGCAAAGUACAUUCGACUUCGACCGCACGCGGAAAUCGAGAAGAAUAAAACCUACAUUGUCACCACUAUUGUGGAAGAACCGUAUAUUAUGCAGAAAAAAUCGGAUAGCGGAGAGAUAUUGACUGGAAAUGAUAGUUACGAGGGCUACUGCAAAGAUUUGGCUGAUCUCAUAGCUAAGAAACUGGGAAUAACGUACGAGCUUCGUAUAGUAAAAGACGGUAAAUACGGUAUGGAAAAUUCUGAUGUUCCUGGUGGUUGGGACGGCAUGGUCGGCGAGCUGAUCCGCAAAGAGGCGGAUAUUGCGAUUGCCCCCAUGACAAUCACGUCCGAACGUGAACGAGUGAUCGAUUUCAGUAAACCCUUUAUGUCACUUGGAAUCAGUAUAAUGAUCAAAAAACCCAUUAAACAGAAACCGGGGGUUUUCAGCUUUCUGAAUCCGCUGAGCAAAGAGAUAUGGGUGUGUGUGAUCUUCUCGUACAUCGGUGUGUCCAUCGUUCUUUUUACCGUGUCGAGGUUUUCCCCGUACGAAUGGCGAGUACUGACUCUAAGCAGUGGCGGUGAUCCCACAAUGGGGACGAGAAACGAUCCCACGUUGCAGCAUCCACACGGGUCGCAAGGAUCGCCUCAUAUGCCCACCUCGAGCAUGGCGAACGAUUUCAGUAUCAUAAACAGCCUUUGGUUCGCUCUAGCCGCUUUCAUGCAGCAGGGUUGCGACAUAUCGCCCAGAUCGAUAUCAGGACGAAUAGUGGGCAGCGUGUGGUGGUUCUUCACCCUGAUCCUAAUCUCCUCGUACACCGCCAACUUAGCCGCGUUUCUAACGGUGGAGAGGAUGGUCGCGCCGAUUAACUCGCCGGAAGACCUGGCCUCGCAAACGGAAGUGCAAUACGGCACGUUAUCUCACGGAUCAACUUGGGACUUUUUUCGCAAAUCGCAGAUUAAUUUGUACAGCAAAAUGUGGGAGUUCAUGAACUCGAGGAAGCACGUGUUCGUGAAAACGUAUGACGAGGGUAUUCGAAGGGUGAGGACCAGCAAGGGGAAGUACGCCCUGCUGAUCGAAAGCCCGAAGAACGAGUACACGAACGAGAGAGAGCCCUGCGACACGAUGAAGGUCGGCAGGAACCUCGAUGCCAAAGGCUUUGGAGUGGCGACGCCAUUGGGAUCCCCUCUCAAGGAUCCAAUAAAUCUGGCCGUGCUCUCGUUGAAAGAGAACGGAGAAUUGACGAAACUGGUGAACCGAUGGUGGUACGAUAGAACAGAAUGCAGGCACGGUGACAAACAGGACGCCUCCAGAAACGAAUUAUCCCUCAGCAACGUGGCAGGGAUAUUCUACAUUCUUAUCGGUGGACUGCUUCUAGCCCUAGCCGUUGCAUUGUUGGAAUUCUGUUACAAAUCGCACACGGAAGCCACCAGAGCAAAAAUCCCGUUGUCGGACGCGAUGAAGGCGAAAGCCCGAUUGACGAUCGGCGGCGGUCGAGAUUUCGACAAUGGCCGGUACUACGCUCCGGCAAACGCGAUUGGCAACACCGAGGGCGACCAGGUGCACAGCAAUACGCAUACCCAGGUGUAAAUUACCUGGAGACGCACAGCAUGGAAAGCCCUGGCGAGUCGCCCGCGAUCUCCCUGCCCACGCCUCCACCGCCGCCCCUGAUGGCGUCUCUGCCCCCGCCGCCGCCGCCCCCGCCGCCCAGAAGGCCGCAACGGAGAAGCGUCACCUUCGCGGAAUCGCCGCCGAAGAGCCCGAAGAAAUCGAGGUUCUCGCCGUUCAUACGAAGGCCGAGCAUCACGAUGCUAGACGUCGCGGUUCCCUGGACACCGGCUUCGCCAAGGGUCUGGUCGGGCCGUCCCGGCGACUACAAGCCCGAAUACAUCACUUAAAAGGAUAUAUAUAUAUAUAUGUAUAU